AUGGUGAAGUGUGUCAAGCAGCUAAGCCAGCUGACCUUUGUGGAUCACCAGCCUCUGUUAGAUUUCGUACAUAGUGAUGAGUCAGUCAUUCAAGAAGCAGCAUUGCGUUCUCUGGGCCAUCUUGAUGGUGACCAAGGUCUUCCGCUUCUCAUAGAAGCGUUUUCCGAUGACAGAGCUCGAAUUGCCAUCUACUCGCUAAGGAACCAGUUGAGGAUGAUGUCCAAAGAGAAGACUUACGCGCUUCUUUCUUCGGUGCCGCAAACGAAGAUUACUGUUGCAGAGGAGACGACUCGUCUCAUUGGCGAGCUGAGAACAGAUCAAGCUUUCCAGUAUCUGUUGGAGAAAGAGCAGACAGAUCUACAUUCCGAUGUCAGAGUUGCUCUUUACAGGGCUUUGUGGACAUAUUUGGACCGUGAUGAGACAUGGGAAAUUUUCAAGCGCGCAGCUGAGAACAUAGAUCCCAAAAUCGCAAAGGCAGUGUGCUUGAUUCCAGAUGAUGGACUCAAUUCUCAGCAGAAAGCGCAACUCCUCCAAGUUCUCCUACGCCUCCUCAAUCACGAGUCACCCGAAGUCCGAAUUGCUGCUCUCCAGCGCUGCGACGAAAAACCUGUUCCAGACCCUGAUAACGUCCUGGCUCCCCGUCUCUUCCAGCUCAUAUCUUCAGAAUUCAGCGAUGAGUGUGAAGGAGCCGCCAAAGCCAUCUUCGAGACCUACGCCAGAACAAAUGUUGAGCAUAUAGGCGAGGUCUACCGCAAACUUCUAUCUGAUGAUGGAAAAACGUUGAAACGCGUACAUGAUACGUACAUGGAUAUCGUCUCUCCUUUUACAGGACGCAAGUACUUACGACCAGUCACUCAUCUCCUGCUCUCCAUCUUCAAGACCGAUAGACUCUCCGUUACCCGUCGAGUCAAUCUCAUGUUCAGCGGUCUUCCUUGGGAGGAGCUCCAACCGUAUAUCUUUGAUAUCAUACCGGAUUUACAUGCAGAUGCGCUACAUGCUGCUGAAGAGUUCAUCGAGAAGAAUGAGACAGGUUGGAAGGAACCUCAAGAUUAUUUGUUGGAAGUGGAAUUGGGAUUGGCGGAGAGUAAAGACGAGAGGGCGAGGAGAUUGGCCUUGUCGUUUCUGAUUGGUGGCGUGGAUGAGGGUCCGGGGUGGACGGAUAGGGAGAUGUAUAGAUUGGAAGGCUAUAGGAAUGAUUCUUCGGUGCUGGUUGCUGAAGCUGCGUGGGAGGUUAAUGUUUCGGAGAAGGUUGAUGAGAGUGAUGGAGAUGGAGAUGAGGAGGAUUUUGAAAGGGAAAGUGUAGGUAGAGAUAAGGACGAGGGUGAAGAUGCCAUACUACAGGGAGCGGACUAG